GGUAAAAAGGGCGGGGGGAAAGGCGCGAAGGAUAAAAAUGACGAUAAAGACAAAGGAGGCGGUAAAGACCGUUCAAAUGGCACAAACGGCACUACAGGUCUUAGCGGCGCCGAUGAUACUGCGGACACCAGUGGCGGCGCAGCAGGGGAUGAGUCUUCAGGGGCCUCAACAAAGCCCCAGAGUGCAGGGGCGACCGCCAGGGAUGCGGCCCAACGGUUGCUUACUAUGUGCCAGAAGGGAGAAUGGGCACCGGUGGAUCAGAUCCUCAAGGCUAUGGAGAAAGCUGUGGCACAGGCGGGGGAGGAUGCUAAUGUACAUCCGUUGGCUGGCGUUUCGGAUCCGGUAAGGGAUUG